UAUCAGAACGACAUGUCGUUAUACGUCCUUACCAAAAUUCAGAUACCGACAUAACAACAAAAUCUCCGAUUUGACAAGGUCAUCAGUUGAAGCAGCGGCAAAAACCAAAUCCCCUCUCUUUGCUUUGCAUUCUGCGCAGUUGAGGAGAAAGAGGAAUCAAUGGGGUCUGCAAUUCGUGAGUGGGUCGGGUUCCAGCAGUUCCCUGCUGCUACGCAAAGCAAAUUGGUUGAAUUGUUUGGCAAAUUAAAGGAAGAGGGUGUUAGUACUUUGACCAUUCUUGUUAUGGGCAAAGGCGGAGUUGGAAAAUCUUCCACUGUCAAUUCUCUCAUUGGGGAACGAGUGGUUAACGUGAAUUCCUUCUCGGCAGAGAUAUCAAGACCUGUAAUGGUUUCACGAACUCGGGCGGGAUUCACAUUAAACAUUAUAGACACUCCAGGCCUUGUUGAGGGUGGCUAUGUUAGUUACCAAGCUUUGGAGUUGAUUAAACGGUUACUUUUGAACAAGACUAUUGAUGUUCUGCUCUAUGUUGACCGCUUGGAUGCAUAUAGAGUAGAUGACUUGGAUAAGCAAAUAAUAAGUGCUAUCUCUGAUAGUUUUGGAAAAGAAAUAUGGCGUAAAAGUUUGCUUGUCCUCACCCAUGCACAGCUCUGCCCACCAGAUGAUCUUGUUUACGAUGUUUUUUUGGCUAGAAGAUCUGAGGCUGUCUUAAAGACUAUUCGUGCAGGAUCACGAAUGAGGAAACGAGACUUUGAGGACUGUGCUAUUCCCGUUGGUUUGGUCGAGAACAGUGGGAGAUGCAAUAAAAAUGAGAAUGAUGAAAAGAUUCUCCCAAAUGGUGAGGCUUGGAUUGCAAGCUUGGUAAAAGAAAUUAUUGGGGUUGCUACAAAUGGGAAUAAAUCCAUUGUAGUUGACAAGAAGUUGAUAGAUGGAUCUGAGUCAAAUGAAAGGGGGAAGGUGUUGAUCCCUGUCAUUCUUGGGAUUCAGUGGCUUAUCGUGAAAUGGAUUCAAAGAGCAAUUAAAGAUGAUAUUGUGAAGGGGGCCAAGGCGUUGUGAGUGCUUCUUGAUUUGUUUUUUAGUCAAAUGCAAGUUCUUAGGUCGAUCUUUCUCUAUCUCGUACCUUCUGGUACUUUCACUUAUUGUAAAUCCAAUCGAUCAUCGCUGUGUUUCUGAGUUUUGCUUUGUUACUGAGUUUUGCUUUGUUACUGACGGAUAUUUGAGAAAUCGGAUUAUAGUCCUUCAGUUUGAGUUUACUUUUUAUGUCUUUGAACUUGAUGCAAUUUUCUUUUGCUGAAAUUUUAUUGUAUUUUUCUGUCA